CACACUUCUGCAUUGCGUCGCGGCGUCUGCGUUUGUUUUCUUCCAGCGGGGAAUGUAACUUAACUCAGAAAACCUUUUAACUUUUGUGCGCCUCUAGAAGUUUUUUUAUGGGUUUGUUCUUUCGUUGGACGUGCGUUUAAGUAUUUUUUUGCGUUAUGAAAAACAUAACCGGAGUUUUUGACAGCCUCAGUACAGAUAUGCAUUCAAACCAGAUUACCUCCAGCAGUUACCACAGUCUGCACAAAUCCCAGGAAUCCCCGACUCUCCCUGUCUCCACCGCUACCGACAGCAGCUACUAUAAUAAUAACCAGCAGGCCGGACAGUGCUCAAGCUCUCCGUACGACCAGAUCAGCUCUUACCAAUACCAGAACACCAGCAUGAACAGCGUCCAGUACAACACCAAAUCAUAUGAACUGGGCUUCGGCAACGCGUUUGGUCCCUACGGCGCGUACGGCCCCUGCUCUUCUCCAACUCCUGCAGAUGCUGAAAAAGAAGAAAGUGAACCUGAAAUUCGAAUGGUUAAUGGAAAGCCAAAGAAAAUCAGAAAACCGCGAACUAUUUACUCGAGUUUCCAGCUGGCGGCCCUGCAGAGGAGGUUUCAGAAGACGCAGUAUCUGGCUCUGCCGGAGAGAGCAGAGCUCGCAGCGUCACUGGGACUCACGCAAACACAGGUAAAAAUCUGGUUUCAAAACCGUCGUUCG